AUGCCACCUCCCCUCUCCCGAAUAAAAGUCGCAAUCCUCGAUGACUACCCCAACAUCGCACCCCCCAUCUUCUCUCACCUCUCCCCCAACUUCACAUUCACAUCCUUCCCUGACACCCUCCCACCAUACAACCACCCGUCCACCACCCCAUCCCAGAAACAAGAACUAAUUGAGCGCCUCAAACCUUUCCCCGUCAUCUCUUGCAUGAGGGAACGUACGCCCUUCCCAGCAGAGUUAUUAAGGGAGCUGCCGAAUCUGAAGUUGCUUAUGACGACCGGGAGAAGAAAUCUAGGUAUUGACGGCGAGGAAGCGAGGAGGUUGAGUAUUGACGUGACGGGCACGAGUUCAGGGAGGAGGGCGCAUGGUUCGAAGACGGAAAAGGGUGUUGUAGAUAAGAAAGACGGUGAGAAGAGUAGGAAAUCAGGACCAGAUAGUACGACUCAACACACCAUCUCUCUCAUCCUCGGCCUCGCCAAAAACCUCGCCGACGACAACACCUCCAUCCGCACCGGCGGCUGGCAAACCGGUCUCUCGACCGGCCUGGCGGGCAAAACACUAGGUCUUGUCGGUCUGGGAAAGCUGGGUGUUGCGGUGGGACGGAUCAUGCAUCUUGCAUUCGGGAUGCGGGUUCUAGCCUGGAGCCAGAAUCUGACGCAGGAACGUGCUGAUGAGGCGGCGGUCUCGGCGGGGUUAUCUGUCGUUGAUGAGGAGAUUGGUGGCAAGACUUUUACGGUUGUCAGUAAAGAGACGUUGUUUAGGGAGAGUGAUGUGAUUUCCAUCCACGUCGUUCUGUCCGAUCGUUCACGUGGUGUCAUCACCCUCUCUGAUCUGGAACUCAUGAAGGGAUCUGCGCUAUUUGUAAAUACAUCCCGUGGUCCUAUUGUGGAUGAAGAUGCUCUCCUCAUUAUCCUCGAAAGAGGAGCUAUCCGUGGCGCGGCGUUGGAUGUCUUUGAACUCUCGCCCUUGCCACAAGAUAGUCGGUGGAGAACUACGGAGUGGGGGAAAGAAGGCAGAGCGAGGGUUCUGCUCACCCCGCAUACGGGGUAUGUGGAGGGGGAGGGGAUGAAGGGGUGGUAUGGGGAGCAGGCAGGGGUGUUGGGGGAUUGGGAGAGGGGUGUGGUGAGGGGGUUGUUGAAUGAGGGGGUUGGGAGGAGGGUUGGGGGGCGCUUGUAA